CAUCACUUCCGUGUUAACCACCUGACGAAACUAAACAUGAAACCAGAAACGAAAGUGAAAUCUGGCGUGUUCUGUUGAUAGGACUCGGGAACUUUCCCUUUACUCAUACUACACCAACAUCCAUGGAGCGUCAACGAUUCCAAACAGAAGCUGUUAUUCAGAUAUUAUGAUGCGCAAUAGACAAAGGGGAUCCAAUCUUGGCCUGCUCCUACUGGCCUGUCAGGUUUUCCAGCUGGGAAUCGACAACAUCCCACCUGUCACUCUUGCUGCGCUGGGUCUGAACGUCUAUUUGUUCCUGUUUCCUGCCAAACCCCUCCUACAGACGUGUUUGAGUGUUCAAGAGGCAUACUGGCACAGAGACUGGAGUCGUCUGCUGCUGUCACCGUUUCACCAUGUUGACGACAUGCACUUAUACUUCAACAUGGCCUCUCUCCUUUGGAAGGGCAUUCAGCUGGAGAGGAAACUGGGAGGCGCCUGGUUUGCGUAUCUGCUGUCUGUCUUCUCUCUGCUCACCGGAUUGGUGUACCUGCUCCUGGAGACAGGACUGACACAUGUGACAGAAGACUCGUCAUAUAGUUUACAGUGUGCAGUGGGCUUCUCGGGUGUUCUGUUUGGGCUGAAGGUGGUGAAUAAUCAUUAUCAUCCAGGAGGGGCCACAUACAUCAUGGGGCUGCUCAUUGCUAAUCGCUACGCCUGCUGGGUAGAGUUGGUCCUCAUCCAUAUCAUGAACCCUGGGACGUCAUUUGUCGGACACCUGGCUGGGAUUCUGGUUGGUCUGCUCUACACUAAUGGACCACUAAAGAGUCUCAUGAAAACCUUUGCAGGCUUUUUGGCCUCUGAUGGACAUUAUGGAAGGCAACAAACAUACUUCAACUCAUCAGGAUACAGUGGAUAUGGCAUGCCGUAUCCUCCGAACCCCCAUUAUGAACAGCAGUCAUUUAUUCACAGGCAGUAUGGCGCCCACUACAGGGAGCCACAUGACACAGCAAUGCCCUCUGCACCAUCCCAGCAUCCCUAUACAGCAGGACUGUCAGAAGAGGAACAGUAUGCAGCAGCUGUCAGAGCCAGCCUGAACGACAGAGAUUUAGAUGAGUUUGAUUCUUCAUGGGAACAAAUUUGGAGAAAUGGGGCAUUACAUCACUUGCUCAUCAAUGGAUCCUCUGCAGUGAAUGGGUGCCGUCAAAAUAAGACUCCAAACAGCUGAUAAAAACAUCACAAUACUCCAAAAGUAUUCCUAUUCAUGGGACAUAUACCCAGUCUAACCCAACUCCUGAAGAGAUCCGCUGGCGACGACUUCAGAGAUUUAGACAGCUGAACAAUUGAAGAACGUAACACAUAAUGAUAAUACUACUAGAUUGUUCACAUCAAAGAGAGCACUAAACAGCCAAUUCAAGCUAGCGGAGAAGAUUCUGUUGACUGGAUGUGUCACCUAAUAUCUUUUAUGAUGUCACCAGUGUGAGGUUUCAAAGACUGUUGGCUGUAUUUCUCAUUGCACACAUUUGUAUGCACAUUUGUUCUUGCUGUAAAUGCUUCUCUUUGCAUUAACGUCAAAAGUUGAACAUUUAUAAAUUGAAUAUCCAUGAACAAUGGCUGUGGAUGUGCCUUUAUGUGUGACCUAUACUUUGUUUCUUAAGUAUAUUGUUGUAAAUAAACAUAAAUCAUUCUUA